AUGACGUUCACCAGCGGAGGCGGCGACAACUAUCGUCCUGGUGGAGGUCAGCAGGGUCAUGGAAACUCUGAGUUCACAUUUUCAUCCAAUCACGAUGGACCGCGAUUCCCACCUGCUGGUCCAGCCAACGCAGGACCGGCGAGACGGCGCGAUCAACGCAACGGCGGCCUACGCGACUCGAGACGCGGUGGCCCAAAUGGUCGCGGCAGAGGCGGUGGCCGUGGAGGGUACCGCAAGCCUGGUGCUCAUGAGCGCGCUCUCUUGACCGUUCAAGAUCGUGGCAGUCCUGAGCGUACACUAGGUGUUGCUGACGGAUCGAAUAAGUUCAUGAAUGUGGAUGAGAUGUCCGAAGAGGAGGAAGAGGAAGAAGACGACAAGGCAGCCGGAGACGACACAGCUAAUACUGAGAUCGGUACACACAAGGUCGCUCGCACCGCAAACGAGCGCGCCGAUGGCGACUCUAUACCGAAGUGGAGCAACCCAGAGAUCUACUCUGCCCUACCUCCGCCUGAGGAGCUAAGACCCGGCAAGAAGAUUGACUUUGUUCAGCUGAUAAGAAAAGCAAAGAACGAAGCAGCUGAGAAGGGUGACGGCAACAAUGCUGUAGCUGCCAACGAUGACUUUAUCUCAUUCGGAGAUGAUGACGCCUCCGCCAAAGGAACUGAUGGUCCUAUGAAUGACCUCGACUACGUCGACUCCGUCAUGAACCGAAACAAGCGCUCACACCAAGCUGCUGAUCUACAUGAUCAGCCACAGCAAAGCAAGGCGAAGCGCAAGAGGGCCGAAAUCGAGAAUGUGCGUGGCAUAGUACAGGAGUGGAUGGGCAGUGCGCGAUGCGAUACUGCACCGUGGCUCGAUCCACGACAAAGCUACGCGCAUCUUGUCAAUGACCCACUCAAAUGGUUACACAACGAGAUUCUGGACUUCUACGACUUUGUUGCGCCUCAACCCUACGAGCAUGACAUUCGUCACAGACUCGUCCAGCGAGUUCAGCAAGCUCUGGGUACUCAGAGGUUCCCUCAAGACACCGGUCGCAUACUAUGUUUUGGUUCUUUUCCUGCAGGUCUCUAUCUGCCCACUGCAGAUAUGGACCUUGUGUACACUUCGGACAGAUUCUAUCAGGGCGGCCCGGCAGCCAUGGACUUCAGCAACAAGAGUGUAGUCAACUCCACGCUCAGGAAGGCUGCCAGAAGGCUCGAGAACGUCCGCAUUGCCGUCAAUGUGCUGUGUAUCACCAAAGCCAAGGUACCGAUUAUCAAGUUCGUGGAUCGUGUCACCAACAUCAAUGUCGAUAUUUCGUUCGAGAAUCUGAGCGGAGUUCAGGCACAGGCAACAUUUCAGCAGUGGAAACAUGAUUACCCCGACAUGAUCUAUAUGGUAGCUCUGCUGAAGCAAUUUCUUGUCAUGCGUGGCAUGAACGAGGUUCACACGGGUGGCAUUGGAGGCUUCACUAUCAUCUGUCUGGUUAUCAGCUACUUCCAACACAACAAGAAGCCAGAGAAUCUCGGUGACUGCUUCUUAGGCUUCCUCGACUACUACGGCAACGAGUUCGAUCUGCGAACUCAACGCAUACAGAUGCACCCACCUGCGAUCAUCCGCAAAGACGGCUGGGAUGUUGACGGCCGCGAGGAGAGACUUGAUGGCCUGUCUAUCCAGGACCCAAAUCGCCCGGAGAACAACAUUUCUGGAGGAUCUCACAAGGCAAUCGAAGUGUUUAAAGCCUUCCGCGCUGCGCACAGGGUGCUGAAGGAGCGUAUUGAUUCGAAGAGCCCCGGCAGAAGCAUUCUUGAAUGCCUUCUAGGCGGCAACUACGAGGCAUACAUUAUGCAGCGACGUCAUAUGCAGACUCUUAAGUAA